UUGCCUCUGCUCCUAAAGAAAGAACCUUCGAUCGGUCAACGAAAACUAUCAUUCCUGUUACUACAGUACUGUAGUUGAUUAAGCAAUGGCUUCUGCUGCUCCUGAAGAUCGUUCCUCUUUGUCCGAUCCCAAUGUGAUUGCUGUCAAGCACAUUGAUUGGGAAGUGACUGUGGACUUCGAAAAAAGCAUCCUGCGUGCAUCUGCUACCUACACUUUGGAGUAUGCCACUCCUGGGGCCACUGUGGUUUGUCUGGAUACCAACUUUUUAAAGGUUCUCAAAGUGGAGCAUGCCAAAACGGGUGAGGCAUUGUCUUUCACCCACCACUCGGUGAUCCCCAACAAACUGCAUUUGGGUCAAAAGUUGAGCAUUCGUUUGCCAACGACAUCCAUCGAAAAGAUCACGGUGACCUAUGAAACCACCCAACAAUCCAGUGCGGUCCAAUGGCUGCCACCCGAACAAACGGCAGGAGCCAAGUAUCCCUAUCUCUUUACACAAUGCCAAGCCAUUCAUGCCAGAGCUUUGAUCCCCUGUCAGGAUAGACCCGGAAUCAAGGCGACCUACACCGCCAAGGUCACGGUUCCUAGCUGGGCCACUUGUGUCAUGUCGGCAGUCAUGAAAAAGGACGAAACCUUGGCAACCACCAAAGUUUUUCAUUGGGAUCAACCCGUACCAAUUUCCAGUUAUCUCAUUGCCAUGGCCGUGGGAGAAUUGGCCAAACUGGAAAUCAGUGAACGAUGUGCCGUCUGGAGUGAACCAUCGGUUGUCCAACAGGCUGCCUGGGAAUUUGCACAAACCGAAGAGUUUCUCCAAAUGGCCGAAGAAAUUGCUGGAAAACCAUAUGUCUGGGGUCGCUACGAUCUAUUGUGCCUGCCGCCAUCGUUCCCGUACGGAGGAAUGGAGAAUCCCUGUCUGACUUUUGUGACGCCCACUUUGCUUGCUGGGGAUCGAUCAUUGGCCGAUGUUGUGGCACAUGAAAUUGCUCACUCUUGGACGGGGAAUCUCGUUACCAAUGCAACUUGGGAUCACUUCUGGCUGAAUGAAGGGUGGACAACAUGGUUCCAAAGGAAAAUCAUGGCACGAAUUCACAAAGACAACAAGUUCUUGCAUUUUGAUGCCAUUGGUGGAUACAAGGCUCUUAAAGAUACAGUCAGGCAAAUGCCCGAUGGAUUCAGUCGUCUGGUUCUGGACAUUGGAGAUAAAGAUCCCGAUGAGUCCUACUCACGAGUUGCCUAUGAAAAGGGUUUCAACCUUUUGUUUGCACUCGAGACGCGUGUUGGGACUCCUGAAUUUGAAAAGUUCUUUCAGGCUUAUGUGGCCCAAUUUGCGUCGAAAACUGUGACAUCGGAGGAGUUCAGAUCAUUCUUCAAUCAACACUUCAAAGGCAAUGCCAGCGUCAAGGACUUUGACUGGAAUACAUGGUUAUACACCCCAGGUAUGCCCCCAGAAAAGCCACAAUUCGAUCGAACACUGGCAGAAGCUUCUGAAAAACUUGCCAUUGAAUGGUUUGAGGUUGACAGAUCUGGCAAUGUGGCCCCCAGCGAAAACCUGAAUGACUGGUCGUCCAACCAGAAAACAUGCUUUUUGGAUGCUCUCUUGGAUUUGUGUGAAGACCAACCACUCAAACUUGACACUCUCAAAGCUAUGAAACUGCAGUAUGGGUUUGAGUCGACCAAAAACUCAGAGGUGCUAUUCCGUUUUUGCAAACUAGCCAUCGCAGCAGAAGACAAGGACAUUAUUCCAAUUGCAAUUCGUUUUGCCACCACACAGGGACGCAUGAAGUUCACAAGGCCUUUGUACAGAGCUUUAUUCCAAUCAAAGAUGGCAUCUGAGUUGGCAGUUGAGACUUUUUUGGAAAACAAACAUAUUUAUCACCCAAUCUGCACCAAAAUGGUGGCCUCAGACCUGUCUGUAAGCACCGAAGAAGAGAAGCCUUCCAUCAUUGGAAGCCCUUACUUCAAAGCGUCUGUUGCCGUUGCCAUUGUUGCUGUGGUGGCUGGAUUUGUUCUGAUGAGGAAGAGGUAACACAGCCAGCCUCUUGUUGUCUUUGAGGGCCGUGUUGAUGUGGCCGCAAACGCUGCGUUGAAACAUUUUGCACUUUUCUAAACUAUGGAUCGGGGGCGGCCAGGUAUAUGCAGUGCGCACUCAGUUAGUUUUAGUUUUUCCCAAAUUGAUAUCUACAAUACUGUAGCAGGUUUUGUGUAUUU